CCGCGACGGCGGCGGCCAGGCCUCAUGUACCGCUCGGUGUACGCCUUCCGCUCGUCGGAGCCCAACUCGCUGCCCUUCGGCGAGGGGGAGACCUUCCUGAUCCUGGAGCGCAGCAGCCCGCACUGGUGGCUGGCGACCCGGGCCCGCAGCGGGGAGACCGGCUACGUGCCCCCGGCCUACCUGCGGCGCCUGCAGGGUUUAGAGCAAGAUGUCGUCCUCCAGUCCAUUGACCGUGCUAUUGAAGCGGUGCACAAUGCAGCCAUGAAGAAUGGGGGCAAGUACAACUUGGAGCAGCGAGAUGUCCUGCAGAAGCUGAUCCAUCACAGGAAGGAAACACUAUUCCGCAAAAGUCACGCCACCCCAAGCCCAGUGACCAUGACCCCUUCGUCCAGUGACCACCACCUGGACGCUGCUACCACUAGGCAGCCCAAUGGAGUUUGCAGGACUGGCUAUGAGAGGCAACACAGCCUGCCCAGCGCUGAGUUCCUGGGAGAGGAUAGUGCUUCCUACCAGGUCUCACCACAUCCUCGACGGGUGGCCUCUAUCACACCUCCGUCACCAGGGAAACGGCGCCCCAUCCCAGUGGGCUCUGUGAGAGGGAGUCCAGAUGCUCGUCCAGAUGCUCCAGCUCGGGGCAGCUCCCUGUCCAGCAACUCGUCAGUCAGUACCACAUCCCUGGACACACUGUACAGUGGACCCAGCACUGUGGCGCCGGGACCCCCCACAGCUGCCUCAAGUCCCAGCCACACACCUCCUCCUAUUCCUAGCCGAAGCAGCACUCGUGGUGCUGUGCCCAAACCCCCCACCUUGCAGAACCAGAGCACCACUGCAGAGCCCCCUGAGAGCACAGAGGGCCUUCCUGAGAAGGAUGAGCAUGAGGUGGCUGUAGCCCCAGCUCCAGCCCCAGCUCCAGCUCCUGAUCUGGAGGCCCUUAGCACCCUGACCCUAGAGGAGCCAGAAAAGAAGGAAGAGGAUCCUGCGGCCCCAGUGUCUGUGCCUUCAACAAUUGGUGCAGAACUGAUGGAGCUGGUCCGAAGAAAUACCAGCCUGAGCCAUGACUUGUGCCGUGUGGCCAUCGGUGUUGUCGUCGGGCACAUCCAGAGCUCAGUCCCAGCUGUUGCAGGUGUCAUGGAGCAGAUCCUCAUCUCCCUGGUGGAGAGCAAGGAUUUGAGCUCAGCCCUGCCCUCCGGCCAAGUGUGUCAUGACCAGCAUCGGCUAGAGGUGAUUUUUGCAGAUUUAGCAAGGCGGAAGGAUGAUGCCCAACAGCGCAGCUGGGCCCUCUAUGAAGAUGAGAAUGUUAUCUGCUGCUACCUGGAGGAGCUGCUUCGAAUCCUGACAGAUGCAGACCCAGAAGUUUGUCGGAAGAUGUGCCAGAAGAAUGAGUUUGAGCCAGUCCUCUCUCUGGUGGCCUAUUAUCAGAUGGAGCACCGGGUACCCCUCCGCCUGUUACUCCUGAAGUGUUUUGGGGCCAUGUGUAGCCUCGAUGCAGCUGUAAUCUCUACACUGGUCACGUCCAUCUUGCCAAUGGAGCUGGCUCGGGACAUGCAGACGGACACACAGGACCACCAGAAGAUGUGUUACUCGGCCUUGGUCCUGACCAUGGUGUUCUCCAUGGGGGAGCCGCUCCCUUAUCACCAUUAUGAGCACCUCAGUGCCCAUUUUGUUCAGUUCCUUUUGGAUGUUGUUGAGGAUGGUCUGCCCUCAGAUACUACUGACCAGCUGCCUGACCUCUUUGUCAAUCUACUUCUGGCCUUCAAUCUGCACAUUCCAGACCCAGAAAACAACGUCAUCAUGACCACUGUCAGCAAACGUUCAAAUGUCAAGAUCUUCACAGAGAAGCUGUUGUUGCUGCUGAACAGAGGGGAUGACCCAGUACGCAUCUUUAAGCACCAGCCACAGCCCUCUCACUCAGUCCUCAAGUUCCUGCAGGACGUGUUUGCAUCCCGGGAGACUGCUUCCAUCUUUUAUCACACUGACAUGAUGGCCUUGAUUGACAUCACUGUGCGGCAUAUCUCAGACCUGUCACCUGGAGACAAGACAGACACUCAGACUCAGACGAAUGAUGCGAUUCUCUGGCUUGGCUUCCGUCCCCAGCUGCGUAUGCAGUACCUGACUCUGAUGCACGGCCUCAUCCGCUCCACCUCCUACCUGCAGCACGGCCACCGGCUGCCAGACCUGCGCGCCACCCUGAGGCGCAUCCUGUCCGAAGAAGAGGGUGGACUGCAGAGCCAUACUGACCAGACUAUCGUCCGCCACAUGUGCGAGGAAUUCCCAGCUCUCCUCUGCCCAUCCAGCAGCUAACCCUUGGCCCCCUACCUGCCUCUACCUCUGCUCUCGGCCAUCUUCCCUAACCCCAGGCCCCAGACUCCUACCCCUCAACAUCCACUCUAUGACCUGGAGACUUCUGGGUGAGGGGGCUUGAUGCCCUCACCCUAGGCCUUGGGGGCCCAGAACGUUUUGCACAGAGUUGCGGGAUAGGGGGCAUGAAGCUGAGCCGGUCUCAACCACCCCCAUUCACCCCCCCCCCCCCAAAGCAAAAAAAGCACUAGGAACAUUGGGAAGGGCUAAGGCUCUGGGUGUUCUUUGGUACAGGGGAGGAAGGGGGAAGCCAAGAACAAACAACAGAAUAGUGGAAAUACUGUGGGGUUGGGGAAGGUUCUGGGUGUUCCUUGGUGGGGUGAGGGACUGAUGCUCCCCCAAGGCCUCUGUCUUUCCUUUCUCUCUUCCCACUACUGCUUAUUACCUAACCCUGCCCACACUGUUCUUCUGGCCUGACAGAGAACAUACUUGCCAAGCCCUGGCCUGACCUUAUUGAGGCUGCCUCACUUAUUCCCUGCCUAUUCUUCUCACUUGCCUUCUUGCCUUAGCUUUGCCCCCCAGCCUUCAGGGCCCACCUGUCCUCCCACUCUCUCCCAGUGCCCCUUGGGAUUGGGAUCUAACCCCAAGUUGGGAAGGAGGCUAAGGAAGGGAGCCAACAGGCCCUCUUGUGGGCUGGGAGCCUUUGCCCCCUGGCACUCAGGGGUCCACUGUAGCCCUGCUCCACUCUGGGAUGGUCUGACCAGCAUCAGGUUUUGUUUUCUCUGUAAAAAAUGUAUGAAUGUUCAAAGGGACGUGUAUUUUCUUAACUGCUUAUAGCACAGCCAGAUGGGAAAAUAGAUGAAUAAAUCACUUACAAGCAUCCCCA